AUGGUGGAGACCGGUGUGACGUCUUUUGAAAGUCAAACCACGCCAACCAUCAGCAAGGGUUCUUCCACGAAGGCUGAGCUGACUUCAGCAGAAGCGACCGGAACACCCUCUCCAGCAUCUGAGUCUCCCCUGCCCACGUCGCUUUCCAUGCAGACUGUACCCUCUCGGGCUCGGACCUCGCCGCCAUCAACCCCUCCGGAGACCACCGUUGCAUCCGAAAGCACAAGUUCUUCUACUCGGGCAGAAUCCACCACAGCCGAAGGAGGCACUACGUCUUCGCUCCUUUCUGCACGCUCAAGCACUGCAGUGCCAGAAAGUACAUCAUUUGCAGAGUCGGUGGCUUCAAAUGGCACCACGACCACCUCUGUUGGCACCACUGAGGAAACCUCCAUCCAGGGUCCAACCACUCCCUCUCUCGGCCAAUCUUCUGCCACACCGACGGAGACAACCUCGCUGCAAGAGAGCACAACCCCACGGCCGCAUUCCGCCUCUUCCACGACCAAACAGGAGCUGAGCUCUGCUAGUGGAACCACCCGUCCCAGGCCAACUUCUGUCUCUUCUACUCACCACUCUUUGCUUGCCCCUACCGAGGAGACCACCGUUACCUUCCGGGAGAGCAGUACUUCGGCUGAGGUCGAAGGAAUUGCGGCUGAGUUCAGCAGCCCGCCACUCUCUUCGGCAACAGCUCCUACUUCUGCGCAGUUGAGUACCUCGACUCUUGAGGUGAGAGCUUCCACGCCAAAGAGCCCGCCUCCCAUGGUGGAGACCGGUGUGACGUCUUUUGAGAGUCAAACCACGCCAACCAUCAGCAAGGGUUCUUCCACGAAGGCUGAGCUGACUUCAGCAGAAGUGACAGGAACACCCUCUCCAGCAUCUGAGUCUCCCCUGCCCACGUCGCUUUCCAUGCAGACUGUACCCUCUCGGGCUCGGACCUCGCCGCCAUCAACCCCUCCGGAGACCACCGUUGCAUCCCAAAGCACAAGUUCUUCUACUCGGGCAGAAUCCACCACAGCCGAAGGAGGCACCACGUCUUCGCUCCUUUCUGCACGCUCAAGCACUGCAGUGCCAGAAAGCACAUCAUCUGCAGAGUCGGUGGCUUCAAUUGGCACCACGACCACCUCUGUUGGCACCACUGAGGAAACCUCCAUCCAGGGUCCAACCACUCCCUCUCUCGGCCAAUCUUCUGCCACACCGACGGAGACAACUUCGCUGCAAGAGAGCACAACCCCACGGCCGCAUUCCGCCUCUUCCACGACCAAACAGGAGCUGAGCUCUGCUAGAGGAACCACCCUUCCCAGGCCAACUUCUGUCUCUUCUACUCACCACUCUUCGAUUGCCCCUACCGAGGAGACCACCGUUACCUUCCGGGAGAGCAGUACUUCGGCUGAGGUCGAAGGAACUGCGGCUGAGUUCAGCAGCCCGCCACUCUCUUCGGCAACGGUUCCUACUGCUGCGCAGUUGAGUACCUCGACUCUUGAGGUGAGGGCUUCCACGCCAAAGAGCCCGCCUCCCACGGUGGAGGCCGGUGUGACGUCUCUUGAAAGUCAAACCACGCCAACCAUCAGCAAGGGUUCUUCCACGAAGGCUGAGCUGACUUCAGCAGAAGCGACCGGAACACCCUCUCCAGCAUCUGAGUCUCCCCUGCCCACGUCUCUUUCCGUGCAGACUGUACCCUCUUGGGCUCGGACCUCGCCGCCAUCAACCCCUCCGGAGACCAUCGUUGCGUCCCAAAGCACAAGUUCUUCUACUCGGGAAGAAUCCACCACAGCCGAAGGAGGCACCACGUCUUCGCUCCUUUCUGCACGAUCAAGCACUGCAGUGCCAGAAAGCACAUCCUCUGCAGAGUCGGUGGCUUCAAUUGGCACCACGACCGCCGCUGUUGGCACCACUGAAGAAACCUCCGUCCAGCGUCCAACCACUCCCUCCCUCGGCCAAUCUUCUGCCACGCCGACGGAGACAACCUCACUGCAAGAGAGCACAACCCCACGGCCGCAUUCCGCCUCUUCCACGACCAAACAGGAGCUGAGCUCUGCUAGAGGAACCACCCUUCCCAGGCCAACUUCUGUCUCUUCUACUCACCACUCUUCGCUUGCCCCUACCGAGGAGACCACCGUUACCUUCCGGGGGAGCAGUACUUCGGCUGAGGUCGAAGGAACUGCGGCUGAGUUCAGCAGCCCGCCACUCUCUUCGGCAACAGCUGCUACUGCUGCGCAGUUGAGUACCUCGACUCUUGAGGUGAGGGCUUCCACGCCAAAGAGCCCGCCUCCCACGGUGGAGACCGGUGUGACGUCUCUUGAAAGUCAAACCACGCCAACCAUCAGCAAGGGUUCUUCCACGAAGGCUGAGCUGACUUCAGCAGAAGCGACCGGAACACCCUCUCCAGCAUCUGAGUCUCCCCUGCCCACGUCUCUUUCCGUGCAGACUGUACCCUCUCGGGCUCGGACCUCGCCGCCAUCAACCCCUCCGGAGACCACCGUUGCGUCCCAAAGCACAAGUUCUUCUACUCGGGCAGAAUCCACCACAGCCGAAGGAGGCACCACGUCUUCGCUACUUUCUGCACGAUCAAGCACUGCAGUGCCAGAAAGCACAUCCUCUGCAGAGUCGGUGGCUUCAAUUGGCACCAUGACCGCCGCUCUUGGCACCACUGAAGAAACCUCCGUCCAGC